UGGAACAACAUGACGGCAACGACUGACACCCUGUGGAGUAUUUCAGCCACAGAGUGCCUCCCAUGAAUUCACUUGAUGAUGCAAGGAAGAAGGAGCUGCUCGCUUUCGUAAUGGCUCUCAAGCGAUGGUGGCACUUCCUCCUUGGGCGUCGUAGGUUCACAUGGGUCACGGACAACAACCCGUUGACCUACUACAAGACGCAGGAUACGGUGAGCAGCACAAUUGGACGAUGGAUGUACUUCAUCGACCAAUUUGCCUUCACACCGAAACAUCUCGCCGGCCUCUCCAAUCGCGCAGCAGAUGCACUCUCGCGAAGACCCGAUCUUUGCGCUAUGACACAUCAUGCCUUCGCAUUCGACGAGGAACUCCAGCGACAUUUCAUCCGAGGCUAUGAGUGUGAUCCAGAUUUUGCCACGUUGUAUGCGCAGCUAUCUUCGGAUCACCCGCCGGCCAGCCACUAUCGCAUCAUCGACGGGUACUUGCUCCUCCACUCGCGAGGCACAGACUUAUUGUGUGUCCCACAAGACCGUCGUCGUCGGACUCGCCUUCUCGUUUGCCGACGAAGCAAGCCCCGCAACCGCAAUCCCUACGGCGAGUUGCGCUCGAUGCCUAUCCCACGGGAACCCGACGUCUCCAUUGCCAUGGACGUUACCGGUCCGUUUCCCCGCGAUCGCCUCGGGCACGAUGGCAUCCUCACGGUCGUUGACCGUUUGAGUAAGUACGCGCGAUUUCUCCCUUGCAAGUACUACGCCACAACUCCCGAACUUGCGCGCGUCUUGCACACCGGCUGGAUUUGCAGCCACGGCGUACCGGAAGACAUCGUCAGCAAUCGCGACACUCGCUUCAUGUCAGCAUUCUGGACUUCUCUCAUGCAGGAAUCCGACACCAAGAUGAAACCAAGUUCGGCUCGGCAUCCACAAACGGACCGGCAAACGGAGCGGGCACAUCAAACCGCUCAAAUGAUGCUUCGUACGCUCAUCCGUCCGGAUCAGAAGGAUUGGGUUGACCUCCUCCCCGACAUCGAGUUCGCCUACAACACUUCGUUGCAUCUGGCGAUCGGCGUGAUUCCAUUUGAGUUGCACCACGGUGGUCGAAAAGGCCUUAUCUUUGCUGAUCUUCUCCUCCCACGAACAACUGACAUUGACGCCACUUGCUCCCCGGCUUCUGUCCGGAAGUACAGGAAAUUGCUGGCUCAAGCCCGCGCGAACAUGCAAAAGGCUCAAACCGAAUGCAGCAGCAAGCCAACAGGCGUCGCGUGCCAUGUCCCAUCCGCGGAGCCUCUUCUUGAUUAUGCUGAAAAGGUUUUGGCACGCUGUGAAGGUGAUGCUGCUUUGAGUGGGGCAUCUAGCCAAUGCACUGGUGUCUUGCCUGCCAGCUCAGGUUCAUCAGGAGGGGACUCACUGCUGACAACGUCAGAGCGGAUUGGAGUUGUCACACCAUUGUCGAGUACUGGUCCGAAUGCAUCAUUUCCAACGGACUGUGAACUUGGAGUGAAAGGUGGUGGGGCCAUGUAUGAUGUUGGCAUAGAGGAAGAUGCUGUGACCUCCCUUGAUCUUCAUGGUGGUGGUGGCCUGGGAUCUCAACCGGGAAGUGUGGGCAGUGCUUCGUGUGGACCCACAGCUUUGCCAUCGUCAGGUGUCUCAUCAGGCAUAAGGGGAACCUCAUCAGAGAGGGAUCACAAAGAGUCUGUCCCAUCUGGAAUCCAUGAGCUAAACCUCCACAUGUACAGAGCUCGUCUGCUAAUGCUGGUGCGAAACCUCAAGGCAACAAAGAGGGAAGUGAAGCUUGCAUUGAAUCUCAUCCGGGACCACAUGCCAGCGCUGGUGCUGAAGGCACAGCUUGAGUAUUGCCGAGGAAAUUUCCGGAAGGCAAUUAAGCUGCUAACAACUUGUUUCUGUGGUGGGGGGUCACCUGGGGAUGCCGCGUCAGUCUUGGCAGGGGUUGCAGGUGCUCAUCUGGACAAGGGGAGCACUGCAAUGUUGCUGUCCAAUUUGGGGUGCAUCCAUUUUAGGCUUGGGAAGCACAAUAUCGCUGCUGCGUACUUUGUGAAAGCACUGGAGAAUUACAUGGCGGUGGGGGCAGAUAGGCCUUUGUGUGUGAGAUCUUUUGCGAAGGACAAAACACUGCAUGUUCUUUGUAAUAUGGGCAUACAGCAACUGUACCUGGGCAAUCCGCUGGUGGGAUUUCGGUGCUUCCAGGAGUCUGUGAGGAUGUUCUACAACCGACCGUUGUUGUGGCUCCGGCUGGCUGAGUGUUGUAUCAGCUCACAUGCCAAAGGCUUGCUGGAAGACAGAAAGAGAGAGCAAGGCAGAGCAAGAGGGAGAGAGGAAGUGAUUCUGCGCAUUGUUGGGGAGGAACGUUGGCGUCAGGUGUUGUUGCCUACAGGGGGCCUUGGCAGCGGAGGAGGAGCUAAGGCAGGGAACCCAGAUUUUCACGUAGCAGAAACUGCAGGAGAAGGAGGACUACCGGAAGGUGUAGGAAGUGCACAAGGAGAGGGAGGAAGACCAGGAACGGGUGGAGGAGGUGUAAAGGCAACAGCUGCUGGGGUCUUUCCUCCCAAAUGGAGCAAAGCACCACCACAACAAGGGCAGGGGCCUGAAGAGGGUGCAAGUGGCCCUGUGGGGCCAGGCAGGAACAGUUGUUUGUGGGAUGUACGACAGGAGCCCUCUCUGGAAUAUGCAAGCCACUGUCUGAGGAAUGCGCUCACUCUACUUGAUCAGCUUGAUUCAACAGCGAAUGCAGCAGCUGCAGCUGUGGCACUUCCAGACGCAGAUUCUGGGAGUGUUGGGCAGAAUGCUAGUGCGUGCAUACACGGAGGACAACAGCACCAGCUGCAAGGCAUGCAGCAUCAACAGAGUGGUGGCAGCCGGAAGAGUACAUCUGGCACAGUUGAUCGGCGGGCAGGCAGUGUGGCACCCAGCGCAGAAUCUAAAGACGGUGAAGGCGGAGCCGUCGCUCCAUCAGUACCUUCAGCAGUGACCGUCAUUGCGUCUGCUGUAGCUGUUCAUGAGGAUGAGAGGAGAAUGGAGUGCUCCACGGUUCAACAGUGUAUUCUGGCAAAUCUUGCUUACGUAGAACUCGUGUUGGAGAACCCAGUUGCAUCCUUGGCUGCGGCUGAGCGCCUCUUGCGGAUUCAAGGAUGUUGUCCGCAGUACUCCUUUCUGGGUCACAUGUAUGCAGCUGAGGCAUUGUGCAUGCUUGAUCGGCCCACUGUGGCUGCAGAGCAUCUGACGACAUGCAUGCUCGAACACACAAACUCAAUGGAUACAACACAGGGUUCCAACUGUGGAAAUGUGGAAACGGAGGAGGAGAAUGGACAGAAGUGGAGAACCGUUGAAUACGGCGAGGCCAGCACAGAUGGCAGUGAUAUCACAACAGGAACUGGAAGGAGGAGCUCUGCUAGCUCUGCGGCAGGAGGUGGUAUUGCCAGUAGUGGUACUGCCAAUGCUGGGGAUAUACCAGGCGCUCUGUCAGGAACGACAUCUCAUGCAUCACUGUAUGUCAACCUUGCAGCAGUAUAUGCAAUGCAAGGUGAGCUGCUACAGGCGCAGCAAUGUGCCUUGCAAGCAUUGAAAGUUUCUCCAACGAAUCCUCUAGCUAUUUUAGCUGUUGUAUAUGUAGAACUCUCACGGGGUCGCAAACAAGAUGCCCUGGAUAUGCUCAAGCAUUGCCGUAAUAUCAAAUGCUUGUGGGGAGGGGUGGCAAGCGACGCGACAAGCAAUGCAGCGGGAACCAUGGGACUUCGGCCAGCAGCUGUGCAGGCACUCUCGUGAGUCAUGGUCAUUGUUCUUGUGCUCUGUUAGGAGUAUGUUGGUUGGGGGUUGGGGGGAGGCAUCUGAAGCCAGAGUAGUCGUGCUAUGCUGGUCAGAAUGCUGUAAAUAUGGUCGGACCAUUUCUGUGAAUUUUUCUGCUGGAAAUAAGUCAAUAAGUCAAAAAUUAUCAAUGUAUUGCAGUGAGCCCAGUCCUCAAACCAGCAUCUCAUGUCACAGGGGGAGACAAGCUUCAGCACAUAGAGGUGACAACCAAAGCAUGAGAUAUGAGAGCUCAAAAUUACCUGGAAAUCAAGGUCUUAUAUAACA